UCACCUCUCUCAUUCCCCUCUCUCUCUGCACUCCCCUCACCUCUCUCUCAUUCCCCACACCUCCACUCUCACCUCCACUCUGCACUCCCCUCACCUCUCUCUCAUUCCCCACACUCUGCACUCCCCUCACCCCUCUCUCAUUCCCCACACUCUACACUCUUCUACUCUGCACUCCCCUCACCUCUCUCUCAUUCCCCACACCUCCACUCUGCACUCCCCUCACCUCUCUCUCAUUCCCCACACCUCCACUCUGCACUCCCCUCACCUCUCUCUCAUUCCCCACACCUCCACUCUGCACUCCCCUCACCU